GGCAGGAUGGGGAAUUCGGUUUGUGCUAUCAUUCAUCAUCAGAAAGCUUGGGACAACUGAUACUGUGAUUCGUUCAGACUAUGUCAUUAACGAGGCGCAAAAUUCUACGUCUAAGUCAACAACAGUCAAUGGCAAUACGGUCUACAACGGGGAGGGAGUAGCUACGGUAAGUCCAAAGCCUCAUGAAAGCGAUUAUUUUUCUAGCUUAAUUAUCCAAUGCUAAAUUUAAGAUAGCAAGGAGGUGGAGGUGAAGAUGGGGAACCGAAUUCCGCAUCUUCAAUGGAGAUAGAGCAUGACUUUCCAGCCCCGAAAGCUGUUAUGCCAUCAUUUGAACGUGCAGAACAAUACUUCUCUCACGAAGAGAGUCAAUCUCUACUUUGGACAACCGAGGACAGCUUCUUUGAGGGAGCUGAAAGCGUAGAGGGAAUGAAUCUGGACUUUCUAGUCAGUGACUUCAGUCCACCUUCUUGGGCGGUUUCAAAGAGUAAUGAGAACAAUUCCUCAACUCCUCUAACGCUUGAGAUGACAAUGGAAAAGACUGGUUGCUCCAAGUCACAACUCAUCUCACCUCCAGAGUCACUUCCUUCAACGGCACUAUCUCAGAGUCAAGGGUCAUCAGCAGAACAAUCAGCAGAACAACCACAGAAAGCAGUUUGCCUUAACAUAGAUAAUCUAGAGACCGCAUCUGCAUCAGCUCCCUCUAAGGAAGUCACUAGAAACGAAAAGAGUUACCAGCAUCUCCCAUUACUCUUAGAAACAACACUCCGCUUCUACUUCAAAGCACCAUCUGCCACUCAAGCACCUAUCAGCGACGCACUCCGAUUAGCUAAAGACGGACUUCAAGCAAUACAAUGCUGCCUCCGCGAAUUUUAUCUUUCAUCUCGUGCACAAGCAUCAUCAUCUGGGCUCUCCUCACACGAUCCAUCACCCCCAGAACCGGAUUCCGAGUCUAGCAGCAUCUUAGCUUGUAUCAUAUUGAUGGAAAAGGUCCUCUUCUGCUACGAUUCACUUCUCAAGCGGCGCUCGGGACCCGGAGAUGUAUCGUCUCCUUAUGCACCCUCUCCAGCGCCAUCCUCGACCUCAACAUCCAAUCCUACAGCGUCCAGCUCAUCCGGCCACCAUUGCAUGCAGCCAAUUUUUAUUGGCGAUUUCGAGGUGGAAGACAAAGCCAGCUGGAAGAUGAUUCUCGAUGCCGUUGUGGCAGCCCAGAAGCAGGAGGCGAGAAGCACAAUAUCGAAGCUAGAGGAUUGGGCAAGUGAUUUAGCAGGGAAAGGCAAGAAUGAAGGGCGUCUUGCAAUAUCGUUUCUGGAGCAGUUAAAGCGGAAAUUUCAUGAUUGAAGGGCCCUACUCGUGGUAGAGAGGUAACCGACAACAAUAAGAAAGUAUCACGUUAGGCAUGGUGACAUGGAUAGAAUCAUAUCACAUUAAGGAAGAAAACUCCAUGUAAGUAGAUCAGGACAGCCGAAACUGAGUUCGUGAUAGCCAUAUAUAUUGCGUGG